AUGUCUGUUCGCGUGUUAUGUCUAUUUUUAGCAUGUUCCUCUGGUCUAAAUGAUACGAAAGAAAUGAAACUCAUUCGUGAAAUAUUUGAGACCAACAAUUUUCAGUUACGAAUAGUUGGCGGUACUGUACGCGAUUUAUUAAUGGAUGUAAUGCCGACCGAUAUCGACCUUUCAAUUGAUGCUAAACCGCAUGAAACAGAAAAACUUCUUUCCGAUGCAAAUAUAAAAGUGCAUGAUGGAAGGCAUGGUCGUUCAAGCAAUCAGGAAUAUACAAAUGAUUGGCGGAUUGGUGCAAGCAGACGAGAUUUUACGAUCAUUUCAUUAUAUUUAGAUGAUUUUAUAGUAGCAGAUCAAAGAUAA